CAUGCUCUCUCUGGUUUCUUACGAGUUUUGAGGCAAAAUGGGUAAUUGCUUUGCUCUUUGUAUUCCCAGCAAGAGGAGGGUUUUGUGGGUGGUGAAGAGGGAUGGGAAGAUGAUCCAAUUCCGGGGUCCAAUUCUUGUUAAGGAUGUGUUGGUGAAUUUUUCAGGGUUGGGUGUAGGUGUAUCAAGAGAGGCCCUGCAGCAUCUCCCAUCAGAUUAUGAGCUGAAGAUUGGCAAAGUGUAUUAUCUUCUUCCUUGCCCUUGUUCUUCUGGGGGUUCUGUCAGUGCCCCAGAGGUGUCAUCCAUGGUUGAUGAUGGAGGGCAGAAGGGAAGUGGGAUGAAGAGGAUCAAAGUAGUGAUUACAAAGCAGCAGCUCCAAGACUUGUUGUCAAAGCAAAUAUCAUUGGAGGAGCUGCUGCUGUCUCAGUCGGUUGAUUUAUCAUCACCCAGAAAUUGGAAGCCCAAGCUUGAUCCCAUCCCUGAAGGAAUCGAGUAGAAGAGCUGUGGGCACUGGGCACUGCAACCAGACAGAUUUUCUGGUUAUUCAGAGAUGGAAAACAGACGAAGACCACAUAUAUUUCCUGUAAAUGGAGUAAUUGCUGUGUUGUUUUUUUUCUUUUUGGGAUUCUGGCAGCGAAACUCAAAAAUUUCUUACUGCAAAA